AACGUGUUUCGCUAAUCACACUGCGGGCAGGAUUGUCGAGAGCAUAUGGUGCGUUAGGUCCUCCGUCCUUUUUUGAUCUCAUGUCGAUUCUUCGGUACUGCUUUGCGUCCUUUUGCAGCCUUUUUUUUUCUUUAGGUAGUGCUACAAAAUGUGCAAGGCCCGAUUCAGCGUCGUCCACCAUCCCCCGUUGCAGCUGAGUAAGAUAGCCAUGGUGUACGACGUCGAGUCGAGGUUUGCAUUAUGCAUAUUGUCUCCUAGGGUUGCGGUUACCCACAGCAGGUACCUAGGUUUUGCACGAGUCUUUGAGGCUGUCGGUCCCGCAACGGGUUGGAUCGGAGGCUACGCUUACGGACGAGAAAAGGCUCCCUCCCGUUCGAGCACCGGGCAGAUUACGAUCGGGCCGCAAUUCUUUUCCCCUGGAAACGCGAGAAAUCUCUUCAGAGCCUUUAUGUAAAUUAAAACCAGCAUUUCAUUCUUUUGCUUUCAUGUUUUCUAGCCUUUUUACUUUUUCUAAAUAAUACAAUCUUCUUGCUUUGGGACCUCACUUGACGGAGGGAGGAGACGCCGCCAAUUUAUUAAUAAUUUACUUAGUAGCGCGAAAAUGGAGACAGUCGG